CAAGCAAACACUGAACUCCUGCACGCCCAAACAAAAAAACACCUAUUUUAUUCUAUUUGGAAGACUUGCCGCUGCACACACUGACUUGCUGUUGUCUAAAUUUAAAACAAGAAUCAACACUUUACCGAACCUUGUACCCUGUUCUAAAGGGCUGUGUUGACAGUCUUUUAAACCCAAAGUCAAAUCUUAUACGCCACCGUCAUCUAACCCAUUUGUAUUCACUCCUUUCUUUUUCUUUGCUUUUCUUACUUCCACCAUCACCUACCUUUUGAUUUUGUCAAUCGUCAACCAAACGACUUUUAAGUGACAAAUCAUUCUGAAAAUAAACAUUCGUGUUCAUUUUUAAUCCUUUUCAAGUUUCUCAUUCUCGCCUUUUAUCAAGACAAGUUUGUUUUGCUUGACCUCAUCAUUCCUCUUGCUCAUCCUUCUCUUCUUCUCUCAUAACAAAAUAAUCACAAUGCAACUUACAUCUCUUCUAGUCGUUGUUGCCGCCGUUUUCGGCAUGGCUUCCGCUCAAAGCACACCACCCAAGUUCAACUUUGGAACAGCCAACCCAAACAUGAUCGGUGUCAAAGCCCGUAACAAGCUCGGUCCCACAAACCCUGCAAUGCCUUCUUUGGGAACCCCAAUCAACCAAACAUCAGUAGCUCGUUUGCUUUCUAUCAACAGUGUUGACGAUUGGUGCACUUUCUCUUCUCCUGACGGAAAGCCAAUUGCAGACACUGAAUCAUACACUGUCGCUUACUGCACAAAAGCACGUAACAACGCUCGUGUCAUUCCCGAUGGUACAGUCACAGCUGCUCACUUUGUCAAGACACCCCUAUACGUCCAAUUGAUGGCCUUGGGUGACUUCACAAAGAUUGGUAUCCAAGCUGGUGACGAAGGAGGUGAAUUGGACCCACACGGUGCUACAAACAUGGGUAACCCAAUCGGUGGUAACGUUACCUCAAACGUUUCCGGUCAAGAUGUCUUCUACGAAGAAUGGAUGAACUACGUUUCCUACCAACAAGUUUGUGUCCGUGUUUGCAUUGCCGGAUCCGAAAUCGCCCCUACUCCUCUUGAAUGCCAACACACUUUGGACGAAAUGGGAUGCAACUGGGUUAUGCCAGGUGAUUACUCUGACAACAGUUUCGACACUUGCGAAGGUGACUCUGCAUACCCACCAGGAUUGUACCCCCAAGGAAACGGUCAAACAUCCACUUUCCAACAAUACUACUCUUCCGUUUACACUGCACCAAACGGUGGAGGUGUGCAAACAUUCGUCAACGGUUCUCCCACCGAAUCAACACCAUCAGCAGCAUACUCUUUGCCAGCAACAUCUCAAUGCACAACCACCUCAACCAUUGCAAACGGCAUCAAAGAAAUCUUGCCAUCUGGUUCUUCCUCUGCACCAGGUGGAAUGUCAACUAAGACAUCUGGAUCAUCCGGAUCAUCAGAAUCAGGUGGCUCAUCAGGAUCAUCGUCCAACCCAUCUUCCAACGCUUCCAGUGGUGGUAAAUCAAGCGGUGCCGCAUACUUGCACGCCCCUACCAUCAUGGCCGGAACAUUGGUUGCUUUCGUUGCCGGUGCUGCCGCUUUCUUGGGUUAAAGGGAUAGCAUUUUUGUGUUCGCAAUCUAAAGGCAAGAACAUCGUUUUGUUGCAAUGAUAUCAUUAUGACGCGGAGAGAGUUACUCUUCAUCACCAUUCAAAAAUAGACAGCGUUUACUUUGAUUUAUUGUGGCAGACGGAUAACAUUGUCCUCUUGGAUUACAAAACACACACAAGGUUAUCUUUCAUAAUCCAUGGGAUCCAGACUCACAGAACAAUGCUUUUUGCCAUCAUUUCACCUGCCCCUGCACGAUUUUGGAUUUUUCGUCUUCUGAUGUUCUCCAGUACAAAUCAUUCCAAAGUUCCAUCUCAAGCUAUACUUCUAUUAAUUACUCUUUUUUGUUUAUAUCACAGAAUCUCAAACUGCAUUCGUACUCAUAUUUUCAUACAUACAUUUCAUUCUUUGUUGACGCA